AUGACAAAAAAUUCAGUCCUAAAUUAUGAUUUGAAUAGAAUUUUAAUACAAAAGAACCUGUCCUCAGUAGCCCAUGCAGCAAUCGACUUGAAAGAAUCUUACAUAGGAUGCUAUCGAAACAUCAGCUCAACGAAGACAGUUGCAUCAGUUGGCUCAGUGAAUAAGUGUUCACAGGAGUGCACAGAUGAACGUAACAAUAUGAUCGCUUUGAAGAGUGGAAAAGAAUGCAACUGUAUUGAAAAGUUAGAUUCAGCAGUGGCUUCAACCCAGUGUAAUGUUCCUUGCGACAAUAAAGAUGCUUGUGGUGGAAAGGAUUCAUAUUCCGUUUAUAAAAGCAAGCCACGAAAGACGCACGAUACCUAUAUAAGCGUGAAUGAUCGUCAAACUGAGAAUAUCAUGAUGAACUUACCAGCUUCUUUCCCUCUCGAGAUGUGCGCAUAUUUUUGCUUUGAAACGAAUCAUACAUUCUUUCAAACAAUCAAAAGUGGUAGGUGCAGUUGUUUCCAAGAGCAUCAAAUAACUCUAGGUUACGUGCUAGAACAGAUAUGUGAAAAAUGCAAACAUGAUUUGAACGAAGUUUGCGAGUGUUAUCAUAAAAAUCACCAAGCCAAGACCACAAUCUUUUCAACACGCUCCCAAUACGAUUUCCAGCAAGAAGUAUCGACUUAUUCUCACUGCAGAAACAGAAACAACGGAAGUUACGAAAUAACAGCAAAAUGUCCCGAUGGAUGCGAUCCGGGAUGGAGAGGUGAUUCAUGCAGAGAAAGAGAUUGCUCUUCAGGUGGAGGAGAUUGUUCCGUUGGAAUGGAAUGUAUUGAGUCCACGGUGAAUGGUAAUAAGUACGUUGAAUGUGUUUGUCCCUCUGGUAAGGUUAGAAACAAGUGGUACCAAUGUGAGGUUUUCAGGAAGAAUAUAGCUCUUCAUAAACCUCCAUAUUACAGUUCGUUUUGGCUUACAGAAUCAUUAGAUGGUAAAUAUUUUAAGAAAAAAGUAUACCUAACUGACGGCAUACACAAUGGAUAUUUUAUAUCCCACAUCAAUGAUGUUAUGCCAGCUUGGAUGGCUGUCGACCUACUCAAUUUAUACUGCGUUGGUUUCAUUAGAGCCUAUAACAGAUUUAUUGCAGAGUCACAUAUUUCAAAUCGUAUGGACAAGUUUGUCGUUAGACUCAACGAAACAUUCGACACAACUUCCAAAAACGACAUAAGAAACCAAACUAACUUGUGCGGAUAUGGACCAGAAAAAGCAAUACAAAGUGGAAACCCCAUGGUUGUCUUCUGUGAAGACUUCACCAUCUUUUCACAAUUCGUCAUCAUCCAACAAUCGGAUGAAAGACUGCAUGAAGGUGUUACCGCACUCGCAGAGUUAGAAGUGUUUGAAGUCGGAUGCGAUCUUUUCAACGGAAGAUGCGGAAAUAAAACCUGUGAAGAAGUGAAAAACGGAAAUAGAACGGCCAUUUCCUGUGUUUAUUCCUCCACUACUGCAAACAUUUCUGCAGCAGCAACUGCGUCUACCGCCUCCAGUGAACUGUUUAGAGAGAAAUUAAGUAUGUGGUAUUUAUUGGUUUUGUUGGUUUUGCCAGCUAUUUUUGGAAUUUGGUUUUUCAUUAAAAAGAAAAUGGAAGCUGAAAAUGAAAGUGAAUUAUCAUCCGGUUCGGAAUCUGAUUCGUAA